AGGCUGCGUCUUGCUUUAAUUAGCGAUAGAAGCCAGAGAGAUGAUAAAAUUCCGUAAAUUGGUGAAUUAUGCCUUAUUGUUAUAUUUCCUGCCCUACCUUGUUGCAUUGAUAAUGAUUGAUCUGUGAUCCACAGAUCAACGUCACGCAAAAAUAGCAAUAACAGGGAUUCACAUUUCAGUGUCAAGUCCGCCUUUACAUCCGGUAGACUAGAUCGAUGAAGAAAUCAAAAACCAACAUCACAUUCGUAUCAAACAGCGAAAAACCAUAAGCAAUCGGAGCUGAUAGAGGAUUGAAGGGUGGGGCUGAUGAAGAAACAGAGUUUUGAUAUAAUCCAGAUUUUCCUUCUCAUACACUUUACAAGAUCUAAGCUCAUUCAAUAUGGAACAACAUCAUUUUUGGCAUCAGCGGUCAUUCCUGAUCAUCCUCUUGGUGACAAGGUGGACAAUGUCCUGAAAACACUUGAAAAUGGAAAUGGAGCUGUUUUAGAGGGAAUACAUUUUGAGAAUGAAAAUGCCAGGUAUGAUUAUCAAAAUUGCGUAUUUAGUGCAGAUUAACCUGUAGCCAGAUUUUGGUAAAAUUGGCAAAUGUUAAAGAACUAGAGACUCCAUGUCAAAAUCUACCUAUUACUGAUGAUGGUAAUAGCCUUGGCACAAUUCUUGCCAAUUCUCUAAGUCCAGUCUCCGACCUCUCCUUCCUACUGAGAAGAGGAUCCCUCCUUUGGAAUGAGCAACUGGCAAUUGAGGUUAAUCUUCUUAGAUUUGAAAUUAGCAACUUCCAUUGGACCCUGAUCUACCAGUUUCAAAGGGAGAUUGCAAGAAAAAAACAUUCUUGAUCCUCCAUUUCUUUCCCACCUUUGUUUUGUUUUUGUUUUUUCCUAAUUUUUCUUGUAAAUUAAUUGGCCCUCAUUAAAUUCUCCCUGAGAGAAAUUUUCCUUUAAACAGCUAGCUAGACAUUGGAGUCAAUCCUUGGCAUUCAAAUUCUUUGGUUGUUGUUGUUGUUGUUGUUUUUUUUUUUUCUGCAGGGACCUAUUAUCACAGAUCUUGGUGCUAUGCCACAAAGUUAGAAUGAAAUGACCACCAAUGAGUUUGAGCAGUUCCUCAUUAGAAAGUCAUCACCAUCAGUCCUCAUGCUAAAGUAUCUCACAUUUACCACAGAAUUAGAUGCUUGCUGUAAAGGGAGAUGGACCCAGCCCUUUUUCAGGCCACUGAAGAGGAAAUUCUGGCUGCUUUAUCACUCAGCAAAAUUCAACAGUUUUACUUGACACAUAUCUUUAAUGUCUGUUCUUUCUAUCACAGUCAAUUCUUUCCCUGGAGAGGUGGAUCCUUAAGGUGAAGAUGAAUGCUUUUCAGAUCUCCAGGCCAUGCUAACUUUGGACUUCUGAAUGAAUUGCCAAACCUCUCAAAGUACAGUGGAAUAAAAACCCUGAACGGUAGAAAUCAAAGGAGAUCUAGCACAUGUACUGUGUUCUAGAAGGCAUCCCUGGAAAGACUAUCAAGUAUGGAAGCAAACAAAAAUCACUCAAGGUUGCCUUGCAUUCUAUAAGAUCUCUACUGUAUACCAUGUUUCCUGCUUUUCUGGCAACACCACACUCAGCAGAAGGAGCUGGGAAAACACAGAGGGGCAAGACAAGUUUGCCAUCGUCAAGACUUUGCAAGUCAGCUUCCAGGAAAAUGUUUUAUUGUAAGAUUUGUUUGUCAGAAUAUCCAAACAAAAAAGGCCACAAACUGGACAAAUGCAGUUGUGUAUUUUGUAAAGAGUGUUUGGGAAAGUAUGUAUCAUACUUGAUUAACAGUGGACAAGUCCUGAAACUGCCUUGUCCUGAUGCCUUGUGUCCCAGAAGUGGAAGCAUGACCAAGAAUGAGAUUGAUUUGCUGGUCAAUAGUGACAUGUUUGAGAAGUAUCAAAGACUGCUCAAACAGAAAGAGGUUGCUGUAGAUAAAACCAAAACAUUUUGUCCAAUGGCUGGUUGUGAAGGAAUUUGUAAUGGACUACCAGGCCUGGCACAGCCUACCGUCUGUCAAGAGUGUGGGUAUACCUUCUGCUUCGCUUGUAAAGAACAUUGGCAUGCUGCUAUGACUUGUGAUGACUACAAGAAGGUGAUAUCUGAUUCACAGUCAGGAACAAGAUUUGUGGAUAUUUUAAGAGAGAAUGGUGAAGCAGGAGACAUCAAGGAGUGCCCUCUUUGUCAAGUAUUAAUAAUGAGAGAAGCAGGAUGUGCUCAGAUGAUGUGUGGUCAUUGUAAACACAUCUUCUGUUGGCACUGUUUAAAAUCUUUGGAUAGUGACAUAAUGUUAAGACAUUAUGACAAAGGUCCAUGUAGAAACAAGUUAGGCCACUCACGCGCAUCGCUAUUCCUUCACAGGACACAGGUUGUUGCUGGAUUUGCAUUCUUUGGAUUGAUGGUCUUGGUGGCAUCUCCAUUUUUACUAUUAGUCUCCCCCUGUUUGCUGCUUUCAAAAUGUCUUUUUCGUAACAAUUGACAUCUCGAUAAAAUGCAAAUUUUUUCGCUAAGAAAAAUUGAUUUCCAUGCUUUCAAAUUAAAAUUCUGACCCAUUUUAAGGGCCAGUCCAAACAUUUUAUUGAUCUGAAUUAACUAGGUGCUGUUGUUGCUUCUAGAGUAAUUCUGUGAAACAGAAAUAUGCUAAGAUAUAUUCCCAACAUCCAUUUCUAAAAUGGAUGAACUGUAUUGAACUCAGGAUUUAAAGUAAUGACCUUCCUACUGAUAAAAUGUUAGGGUGAAAGUCUUUUGCUUCAUUCAAUUACUCCUAAUAUCAAAUUGAUUAUGAAUUAACAAAUGGUAAACACCACAGCGUACACUAUUGAGUUAUGGAUGCACAUGGGAGGUGCAUCCAUCGCUCGAGGUGAUAGUCGAGAGUGACUCUAGCUUCUUGAGUGCUUAGCAAACCUCCCAAGUGUAUCCAUAACUCAAUAGUGUAUGCUGUGGUG